GUGUGUUCCUAUGAGAGUAUGCUAGCUGGGCUGUACCGGCUCAAACAUUUAGGGAUUACCCGGUUUACAUUGCCUGCCAGCAUAUCAAAUGCAUUGGCUCAGCUCCCAGAUGAAGCUAUUGCCCUUGCCGCUGCAUCACAUAUUGAGAGGGAGUUGCAGAUUACUCCAUGGAAUCUAAGCAGUAAUUUUGUUGCUUGUACAAAUCAGGACAGAGCAAAUAUAGAGCGUUUGGAAAUCACUGGGGUUGGCGAUCCGUCUGGACGGGGUCUAGGAUUCAGCUUUGUGAGAGCUGCACCAAAAGCACCAGCUGCGGCCGGGCAUAUGAAGAAAAAGGCAGCAGCUGGUCGUGGAGCCCCAACUGUCACUGGUACCGAUGCUGAUCUUCGCAGAUUAAGCAUGGACGCGGCUCGAGAGGUUCUUCUCAAGUUCAAUGUUCCUGAUGAGAUAAUUGCCAAACAAACUCGAUGGCACCGUAUAGCUAUGAUACGGAAGCUAUCAAGUGAGCAGGCUGCAUCUGGUGUUAAGGUUGAUCCUACAACCAUAGGAAAGUAUGCCCGUGGCCAGAGAAUGUCUUUCCUGCAGAUGCAACAACAGGCCCGAGAAAAGUGCCAGGAGAUUUGGGAUAGGCAACUUUUGUCCCUUUCAGCUUUUGAUGGUGAUGAGAAUGAAAGCGAAAAUGAGGCAAACAGUGACUUGGACUCCUUUGCCGGAGAUCUGGAAAAUUUACUCGAUGCCGAGGAAGGUGGGGAUGGGGAAGAAUCUAAUAUGUCUAAGAAUGACAAAUUGGAUGGAGUUAAGGGUCUCAAGAUGAGACGGCGGCCAUCUCAAGUUGAGACGGACGAAGAAAUUGAAGAUGAAGCUACUGAAUAUGCGGAGUUAUGCCGAUUGCUGAUGCAAGAAGAGGAUCAGAAGAAGAAAAAGAAGAAGACUAGAGCUGUGGGAGAAGGAAUGGGAUCCUUUCCUCCACCACGGCCCAAUAUAGGUUUUCAGAUUGCUGAACCUGUAAGAAAGGCCACUGUCAUUGACAAGAAACCUAUUGCCACCCAACCUGAUGCAUCUUUCUUACUAAAUGAGAGCACCGUCAAAGACACCAGAAAUGUUGAUAUCCCAAUGAUUAAGACCCCCAAAGGUAAACAGGUAAAGGAGAGCGGCAAUUCUUUGGGCCAAGUGCCGAAGCUCAAAAUAGUGAACGAUAACCUAAAGCAGUUCAAGGAAAAGAAAUCGGCGAGAGAGAACUUUGUUUGUGGAGCCUGUGGCCAGCAUGGGCACAUGAGAACCAAUAAACACUGCCCAAGAUACAGAGAAAAUACAGAAUCACAGCCCGAAGGUAUGGAUAUAGACAAGUCUGUGGGGAAACCGAGUUCUUCUGAACAAUCAGGUCAGACAAAGAAGCUGAAACCUAUCAAGAACACCAAGGCUGCGCCAAAAAGCGCAAUGAAAGUUUCUGUAGAUGAAGCUCCGAAGGGAGAUAAUUCAAGUUCCAAAACUGGGACGCUCCCUCUGAGGUUUAGAUAUGGUAUCCCUGCUGGAGGGAUGUCAGAUAACCCUGGUUCUGAAGCUCCAGGAAGUUCUGAGCAAGCAGCAGUGUCUGACAUAGACACUAAGACGAAGUCCACGUCCAAGUUUAGCAAACUCAAGAUUUCCAGUAAGCCAAAACCUAAAGAAUCAAAGGUUGAAUCUGACAGACCUUCGCAGUCAUUGAUGCCUACUUACAGCAGAGAGAGAGCGGAGAGCGAAACUCACAAGCCUUCAGUUUCUGGACAACCCUUGUCUAGUACAGAGAGAAAUCAAGGUGCGUCAAGCAGGCACACUAUUUCUAUCCCGCAGCCAUCAGUGAGCUUGGAUAGAGACCAAGCGGAAUCUCGUAGGCCUCAUCUCGUGAUACGACCGCCGACAGAGAGAGAGCAGCCUCAGAAGAAGCUCGUUAUAAAACGCUCGAAAGAGAUAACUGAUCAUGACAUGAGUAGUCUUGAAGAGAGUCCACGGUUCGAGUCCCGGAAAACAAAGAGAAUGGCGGAACUGGCGGGUUUUCAGAGGCAGCAGAGCUUCAGAUUGCCGGAGAACUCUCUAGAGCGGAGACCAAAAGAGGAUAGAGCGUGGUGGGAAGAAGAGGAGAUAAGUACGGGAGGGCACAGGGCGGCGAGGAGAGAUUACGAUGAUAUGUCUGUAUCAGAAGAACCCAACGAGAUAGCUGAGAUUAGAAGAUACGAAGAGGUAAUACGGAGUGAGAGGGAAGAAGAGGAACGACAAAAAGCCAAGAAGAAGAAGAAGAAAAAGAAACUGCAACCCGAAUUAGUAGAAGGGUAUCUAGAAGAUUACCCUCCUAGAAGAAACGAUAGAAGAUUGUCAGAAAGAGGAGGCCGGAACGUCAGAAGCCGGUAUGUCUCCGACUUCGAAACAAAUGGUGCUGAUUAUGCGCCUCAACCAAAACGACGCAAGAAAGGAGAGGUUGGUCUAGCGAACAUCUUGGAAUCGAUAGUGGACACACUAAGGCUCAAAGAAGAAGUGUCACGCCUCUUCUUGAAACCGGUCUCCAAGAAGGAAGCUCCGGACUAUCUAGACGUCGUUGAGCGUCCGAUGGACCUGUCGACGAUCCGGGACAAGGUGCGGAAGAUAGAGUACAGAGACAGAGAGCAGUUUAGGCACGACGUGUGGCAGAUAAAGUUCAAUGCACAUCUUUACAACGACGGGCGUAACCCGGGGAUACCUCCGUUGGCGGAUCAGUUGCUGGAGAUUUGUGAUUACUUGCUGGAUGAACACGGAGAUCAGUUAACAGAAGCAGAGAAAGGUAUAGAUCCUAAUGAUUGA